GACGAUGCGGCAAGACGAUUGGCUAAUUGGUUAUCAUUAAUGAACAGCAACCACCAAAUGUUCUUUAUUCCUUGGAAUAUCGGGAUGCAUUGGACGCUAGUGGUGGUUGCGCCAAACAAAAUUAUCCAUUUAAACCCUCUAAAAGGCCGCCCAAUUCCCGAAGAAAUAGAACAAAUGAUCGGAAGGGCAUUCAUGUAUAUAGGGGACGCACAUCAGUAUCUUGGCCCGUGGCAAGGAAUUGCACAAGCAAACUGUCCAAGACAACCUAAAAGCCAAGAAUGCGGUUUUUAUGUUUUGAAAUAUAUGACUGACAUCGUCGCACGUGCCAACCCCAACCGUUACAUAGAAGAUCAAAAAGCUUUUGGGGGUAAGAAGCAAUACGAUCCAAAAACAGAAAUUUUACCACUACAGCGAAAGUGGAUCGAACAAUUGAUGGCGGUGAUUCACGGUGACGAUUGAGGUUCAAAGGUCGAAGAAUUUUUCUUCAUUAUGUAAUUUUUAUAGAUUAACUUGUAAUUAGAUUUAUUAACUUAUUAAUAUUUUUAACUAAUUUUACAUGUUUGUGUAAUAUUUAAUUAUUUUUAUGAAAUCAAAUUAUGUUUUUACCC